AUGCGGCACUACCCUCCACCCGGCACAACCCUCCAAACGGCACUACCCUCUACCGGGCACUACCCUCCUCCCGGCACUAUCCUCCACCGGGCACAACCCUCCACCCUGCACUACCCUCCACCCUGUACUACCCUCCACACUGCACUACCCUCUACCCUGCACUACCCUCCACCCGGCACAACCGUCCACCCAGCACAACCCUCCACCUGUCACUACCCUCCACCCUGCACUACUCGCCACCUGCACUACCCUCCACCCGGCACAACCCUCCACCCUGCACUACCCUCCACCCUGCACUACCAUCUACCCGGCACAAACCUCCACCCUGCACUACCCUCUACCCGGCACAACCCUCCACCCUACACUACCCUCCACCCGGCACAACCUUCCACCCGGCACAACCCUCCACCCUUUACUACCCUCCACCCUGCACUACCCUCAACACGGCACUACCCUCCACCCGGCACAACCCUCCACCCGGCACAGCCCUCCACCUGGCACUACCCUCCACCCUGCACUACGCGCCACCCUGCACUAGCCUCCACCCUGCACAACCCUCCACCAGGCUGUACCCUCCACACGGCACUACCCUCCACUCUGCACAACCGUCCACCCUGCACAACUCUCCAUCCGGCACUACCCUCCACCUGGCACUACCCUCCAUUCUGCACUACUAUUUACCCUUCACUACCCUCCACCCGGCACAACCUUCCACCGGGCACUAACUUCCAAGUUGCACUACCGUCCACCCUGCACUACCCUCCGCCUUGCACUACCCUCCACCCUGUACUAUCCUCCACCUGGCACAACCCUCUACCCUGCACAACCCACCACGUGGCACAACCCUCCACCCGGCGCAACCAUCCAUGCUGCACUACCCUCCACCCGGCACAACCCUCCAAACGGCACUACCCUCCACGCGGCACUAGCCUCCACCCUGCACAACCCUCCACCCGGCACUACCCUCCACGCAGCACUACCCUCCACCCUGCACAACCCUCCACCCGGCACAACCCUCCACCCUGCACAACCAUGCACCCGGCACAACUCUCCAUCUGGCACUACCCUCCACCUGGCACAACCCUCCACCCUGCACUACCCUCCACCCUGUACUACCCUCCACCUGGCACAACCCUCCUCCCUGCACUACCCUCUACCCGGCACAACCCUCCACCCUGCACUACCCUCUACCCGGCACAACCCUCCACCCGGCACUACCCUCCACCCUGUAAUACCCUUUACCCUGCACAACCAUCCACCCGGCACUACCCUCCACCCUGCACUACCCUCCACCCAGCACUACCCUCCACGCUGCACUACCCUCCACCCUGCACUACACUCCACCCUCACAACUUUCCACCGGGCACUAACCUCCAAGUUGCACUACCAUCCACCCUGCACUACCCUCCACCGUGCACUACCCUCCACCCUGUACUACCCUCAACCCGGCAAAACCCUCCACCUGGCACUACCCUCCACCCUGCACUACGCACCACCCUGCACUACCCUUUAGCCGGCACAACCCUCCACCCAGCACUACCCUCCACCUGGCACUACCCUCCACCCGGCACAACCCUCCACGCUGCACUACCCUCCACCCGGCACAACCCUCCAAACGGCACUACCCUCCACGCGGCACUAGCCUCCACUCUGCACAACCCUCCACCCUGUACUACCCUCCACACUGCACUACCCUCCACCCGGCACAACCGUCCACCCAGCACAACCCUCCACCUGUCACUACCCUCCACCCUGCACUACGCGCCACCCUGCACUACCCUCCACCCGGCACAACCCGCCACCCGGCACAACCCUCCACCCUGCACUACCCUCCACCCUGCACUACCCUCUACCUGGCACAACCCUCCACCCUGCACUACCCUCUACCCGGCACAACCCUCCACCCUACACUACCCUCCACCCUGCACUACCUUCCACCGGGCACAACACUCCACCUGGCACUACCCUCCACACUGCACUGCCCUCCAUGCUGCACUACCCUCCACCCGGCACAACCCUCCAGCCGGCGCCACCCUCCACCCUGCACUACUCUCCACCCUGCACUACCCUCCACCCUGCACUGCCCUCCACCGUGUACUACCGUCCACCCUGAACUACCAUCCACCCUGCACUACCCUCCACCCGGCACAACCCUCCAGCCGGCACUACCCUGCACCCGGCGCUACCCUCCACCCUAUACUACCUUUUACCGUGGACUACCCUCCACCCGGCACUACCCUGAAAUCUGCACUACCCUCCAACCUGUACUACCGUCCACCUUGCACUACCCUCCACCCUGCACUACACUCCACCUUGCACAACCCUCCACCCGGCACAACCCUCCACCCGGCACUACCCUCCACCCGGCACAACCCUCCACCCGGCACUACCCUUAAUUCUGCACUACCCUCCACGCAGCACUACCCUCCACCCUGCACUAUCUUCCACCCGGCACAACACUCCACCCGGCACUACCCUCCGCACUGCACUACCCUUCAGGCUGCACUACCCUCCACCCGGCACAACCCUCCAGCCGGCACAACCCUCCACCCUGCACUACCCUCCACCCUGCACUACCCUCCACCCUGCACUACCCUCCACCUGGCAUAG